AUGCAUUGUGAGACUCACUUUAAAACUCACCUUCGCAUCAACUCCGACGGUCGCUUUACUGUACGCUUGCCAUUUACAAAAUCACCUCAGUGUCUUGGCAAUUCGAGGCAAACAGCAGUAUCAUGUCUUCUCUCUAUGGAGCGUCGUCUAGUUAGAGAUCCCAACCUGUAUCAGCAAUAUCGUAACUUUAUGAAUGAAUACAUUGCCAUGGGGCAUAUGCAGAAAAUCCCCCACAGUGAAGUCAACAUUGCUGACAACAAAUGUUUUUACUUACCUCAUCAUUCAGUUCUAAAACCUUCAAGUACAACUACAAAGUUAAGAGUUGUUUUUAAUGCAUCGCGUAAAACGUCGUCUAAUGUGUCUUUAAACGAUAUCCUGGGGGUUGGUCCUACCAUUCAACGAGAUCUUUUUUCAAUUUUGAUUAACUUUCGACAAUUUAAGAUACCAAUUAGCGCAGAUGUGACCAAGAUGUACAGACAAAUUCAAAUAGACUCUCAAGAUUGGAACUAUCAAAGAAUUGUGUGGAGAGAUGAUUUAUCAAAUAAAAUACAAGAUUAUUGGCUCACAACUGUGACGUAUGGCACGUCUUCAGCUCCAUUCCUUGCUACUCGGGCUUUAUUUCAAAUCGCGAAUGAUUGCAUUUCAACCCAUCCUAUCAUAUCACAUAUAAUCAAAAAUCAUUUCUAUGUAGACGAUUUGCUGACGGGGGCAGACAGUGAAGAAGAAGUAACAAAUAUUCGAGAGGGGCUGGAGAACGUAUUAGAAGGAAGAGGAUUUGAACUUCGUAAAUGGAAAAGCAGUUCUAAAGAAUUCAUCAAGAAGAUUGCUCCUGACAAAAGAGACACGGAAUGUAUUGAUUUUGAUUCUGAGCCCACAAAACUUUUAGGCUUAUACUGGAACCCAGACGGUGAUUAUUUUAGUUUCCAUGCAUCGUUAACCAAUAAACUUUCAAUUACCAAACGUUCAAUCUUAUCGGAGUCUGCAAAAAUCUUCGAUCCACUCGGUUUACUGUCACCUGCAACCAUUGCCUUAAAAAUCCUCUUCCAACAACUCUGGGUAGAGCAACCAAAUGGAAAAAAACUAGAAUGGGAUGACAUCGUUCCUGAAAGGUUGGCUGAAAGGUGGUGUAUCUUUACAGAAGAAUUCAAAUAUUUUAAGAACAUCAAGGUAGACCGAUGGAUUCAUACAAGAGAUCUAAGAAGUUGCGAGCUCCACGGUUUCUGUGACGCGUCAGAGACAGCAUAUUCAGCCGUCAUUUACUGCAGAACAGAGGAUCAAGGAAAUAUACACGUCAAAAUUGUCGCUGCAAAAACUAGGGUAGCUCCACUGAAACAGCAAUCACUUCCACGUCUUGAGCUCUGCGGAGCUCUCCUACUUGCAAGGCUUUUUGAGUCUAUACGAAAAGCCUUAAAUAAUGAAAUACAAAGCAUGACAGCAUGGACAGAUUCUCAAAUAGUAUUGAGUUGGUUGAACUCCCAGCCUCGGCGGUGGACAACUUUUGUCGGAAACAGAACCGCAGCAAUAUUAAACAUAUGUCAAGCUGAUUGGUGGCACUACGUUCCCUCACAAGACAAUCCAGCUGACAUAGCAUCAAGGGGUGCAUCUCCUAAAACUCUGAAAUCUUCAUCUAUCUGGUGGCAGGGUCCAAUGUGGUUAAUUCAACCUAAAUCAUAUUGGCCUUCGCAACAGUCAUCAUCAUCAUACCAAACAAAAAAUGAAGAGAAAAGAAUCAACUUUCAAGUUUUCCAUACAACUGAGUCAGAUUCCGUAUUGGAGAAGAUACUGACGACAUCAUCUUCAUUUGACAAAAUCGUUCGCAUGAUGGCGUAUUGGUUGCGGCUUAGAAGCAUUCUACAAUUCAAGCUUACUUUCGACACAUGA